AAGGAGUCGCGAGAGAGGCGGCACGGGCUGACAGUGUCCCUGAGCCUCCGAGGUCGUCUCGCCGGCACCGGCGUCGCCGCCCAGCGCAGUGCCCAGCCCGGCCCUGCCGACCUGCCUCUACCGCCGGCUCCGCGGCCUUCCCCGAGGGCUGGAUGAUGGGCGCUUUCGCCCUGCAGACGGUGGACACCGAGCUGACCGCGGACUCGGUGGAGUGGUGCCCGCUGCAAGGCUGCAGGCACCUGCUGGCGUGCGGGACCUACCAGCUGCGGCGGCCGGAGGACCCGCCUGCCGACCCCCAGAGCAAGGGUAGAAUGGAAGUUGAGGAGCCUCGAGUCCGCUUAGGCCGUCUCUUCCUAUACAAUUUCAAUGAGAACAACUCUACUCACCCUCUGGUCGAGGUCCAAAGAAAAGAUACUUCUGCAAUCCUGGACAUGAAAUGGUGUCACAUCCCGGUGGCUGGACAUGCCCUCUUGGGCUUGGCAGAUGCCAGUGGAUCCAUACAACUGCUCCGCCUGGUGGAAUCUGAGGAGAAGAGCCACGUGCUGGAGCCAUUGUCCAGCCUUGCCCUGGAGGAGCAGUGUCUGGCUUUGUCCCUAGAUUGGUCCACUGGGAAAACUGGAAGGGCCAGGGACCAGCCCUUGAAGAUCAUCAGCAGUGACUCCACAGGGCAGCUCCACCUCCUGAUGGUGAAUGAGACGGCGCCCAGGCUGCAGAAAGUGGCCUCAUGGCAGGCACAUCAGUUCGAGGCCUGGAUUGCUGCUUUCGAUUACUGGCAUACAGAAAUUGUGUAUUCAGGGGGCGAUGAUGGCCUUCUGAGGGGCUGGGACACCAGGGUACCCGGCAGAUUCCUCUUCACCAGCAAAAGACACACCAUGGGCGUGUGCAGCAUCCAGAGCAGCCCCCACUGGGAGCACGUCCUGGCCACAGGAAGCUAUGAUGAGCACAUCCUACUGUGGGACACACGGAACAUGAAGCAGCCGUUGGCAGACACGCCUGUGCAGGGUGGGGUAUGGAGAAUCAAGUGGCAUCCGUUCCACCACCACCUGCUCCUGGCCGCCUGUAUGCACAGUGGCUUUAAGAUCCUCAACUGCCAAAAGGCAAUGGGUGAGUGGGGACCCGUGGCUGCUGGGCCUCAGGGCAGGGCACCAGUUCCCUGCCCCCUCGCUCUGCUGAGCUCUUCCCUCAGCUUUUACACGCUCCCAGGGUCGCACCCUAGACUUGGUCGUGAUACCUGGCUGCAGGCUACAGCAGCCACCACGCGUGACUGUGGCGUGAACCCGGAAGAAGCAGACUCGACCUUCAGCCUCCUGGCCACCUGCUCCUUCUAUGACCAUGCGCUCCACCUCUGGGAGUGGGAGGGGAACGGAGCUUGAAAUCAUGAAGCCCCUUCCCAUAAGGAAACCGGGAGGGAGACUGAGUGAAUGCCCCGGACCACCUCAUCGGAGAUGCUUACUGCAGCCCUGCAGGCGCCUGUGCACUGAUGGAAUCCACAGUGUAGUCAGAAAAGCUGUUGACUUCUCUUAAAUCAGCUUCCCUGCUAGGCCCCUGAAAAUGGACUGGGUGAUUCUCUCUGGCAGACAGUGGGGAAGAGACUCAGUUCCCAGCUUGCAGAUUUGUUAAGUUUUUCAGGCAGAUUUUGACUUUCAGCCUUUCAUACUUGUUUAAGCAACUAUUUAUAUUAAAUGAAGUUUUUUGAAAAACA